AUGUCAUCCGAAUCUACUACUCUUGUUCCUAAUGUUGAAAACGAAUCUACGAAGCCAAAACGAUUACCACGAAGUGCUAAAAAACGUUUACGCUAUGAACGUAUUCUACAACAACGUAAACAAGCUCAUAAAAAGAAAAAGAAACGUAUAUCUUCUAAUGAUCCUUCAUCAAUAUUGUUACCAUCCAAUUCUACUGACAGUGAAGUUUUAACCAACCAAGGUAUACCAGUUACUGGAAAAAUAUUUAAACGUGCUGCUAAUGAACGUUUAGCAGAAAUUAAUCGAGAAUCAAUAGCACCUAUUAUUUGUAUUGAUUGUGCUUAUAAUGAAUCAAUGUCGACUAAGGAACUAGCUAGCCUUGCUCGACAAAUUGGACGAUGUUAUAGUUCGAAUCGUCGAUCAAUAAAACCUGUUCAACUUAUAUUAACCAAUUGGUCAAAUGAUAGUCUACUAGCACAAGAAUGUCGUCGAGUCAACAAAGGUUUUGAUAAUUUUCAAAUAAUUCGUAAUGAUAAAUCUAUUCAUGAAUCUUAUCCAACAGAACAUUUAAUUUAUUUAAGUCCAAAUGCUGAAAAACAAUUGACAGAAAUCAAUGAACAAAAUAUACAUGUAAUUGGUGGUCUUGUUGAUGAAAGUGUUAGAAAAAAUAUGACAUUUGGAGUAUGUCAAGAUAAAAAUAUUGCUUGUUAUAAAUUGCCUAUUGAAACUUAUAUGGAACAUUCAAUCAAUGGUGGUACAUAUAAUCAAAUUCUUUCAAUUAAUCAAGUAUUUGAUAUUUUACUUACAUAUAUAACAACAAAAGAUUGGGAACAAGCAUUAAAAAAAAAUAUUCCUGAACGUAAAGGUUGGGUUAUUAAAAAUAAAUCAGAUUCAGAUGAAAAUAAAACGGAUAUAGUUUAA